AUGAUCCCUGCAUAUGCUGAGCGAUCAAUUGAUCACCGACGUCCACUGAAGGUGAUCGUGAUGGGCGCUGGGAUUUCCGGAAUCAUUGCCAAUAUUCGUUUCCCUCGGCUGAUUCCUAAUCUGGAAAUUGUGACAUACGAGAAGAAUCCCGAAAUUGGAGGAACGUGGUUCGAGAAUCGCUACCCGGGAGUGGCAUGUGCGCACUCUUAUCAAUUGACGUUCGAGCCAAACCCUAACUGGAAAGAGUUCUAUGCCAAGGGCGAGGAUAUUCUGGCUUACUGGAAAGAGAUAGUCAGGAAGUAUGAUCUGUAUAAGAAAAUACAGCUCAACAGCAAAGUCAUUCAUGCACGGUACGACGAGACCUCAUGCAAAUGGAACGUGAAAGUUGAGAAUAUCCUCACGGGAGAGAUUCUUGAGGAUUUAGCCGAUGUCUUCUAUGCUUGUCCGGGAGCUUUGAACCAUUGGGAGUGGCCUGAUAUCACUGGACUGCAUGAUUUUCAGGGUAACUUGACUCACAGUGCCGAUUGGAAUGAGAACUGGGACGCUACAGACAAAACUGUGGCUGUGAUUGGUGCAGGUUCUAGCGCUACUCAAAUCCUUCCAGCUAUUCAGGGCAAGGUGAAGAACCUCUUCAAUUUCAUCCGUGGUGAAAUCUGGAUUGCACCACCCUUUGCCAGCACUGAGGUGGAAAGGCAUCAGGCUGAGAUCAAUUUCACUUUUAGCGAUGAGGAAAUCGAAGCAUUCCAAGAACCGAAAGUUCUUUACGAGUACAGAAAGGCCAUUGAAAACGAGCUCCAAUCAUUCCACCAAGUCACGCACCAAGGAGAAGCUUCAAAGGUAGCACAGGGGCAUUUCCAGAAGAACAUGGAGAACAAGCUUCAUUCAAGAGCAGAUAUCCUGGAGAAGAUAUUGCCAAGCUUCCCACCGGGAUGCAGAAGAUUAACGCCUGGUCCUGGAUAUCUGAAGUCUCUCACCCAGCCUAAUGUAAGACUUGUCAAGGGCGACAUUAGCCACGUGUCAUUAGAGGGCGUUCAUCUCAAGGAUGGAUCAUUCUACAAGGUUGACACGAUCAUUUGCGCAACAGGGUUUGUUACUAAUUGGAUUCCUCGAUUCCCCAUUAUCGGUCGAAGCGGCGUCAGUCUACAAGAAAAAUGGGCCGAAUACCCGAAUUCAUAUCUUAGCGUUGCAACUGACGGAUUCCCCAAUAUGUUCAUCUCCCACGGUCCCAACUCGGCCAUCAGCACCGGUAACCUCGUCAUUGUUCUGGAGCAGGUGGCUGAGUAUGUUGGCACAGCCAUUGCAAAGAUGCAAAGGGAUGCGGUCAAGUCAAUUGAGGUGAAGGAAAGCGCUGUAAAGAUUUUCUCCGAUUAUUGCACAUCAUAUUUCCCCACCACCGUUUUCGCGGGGAACUGUCGAUCGUGGUAUAAGACUGGUAGUCAAGAUGGAAGAAUUUCGGCGCUGUGGCCUGGCUCCUCGCUGCAUGCCAUGGAAGCCCUUUCCCACCCUCGUUGGGAGGAUUAUGACUACCAGUAUCUAGACAACAAUCCUCUUUCAUGGCUAGGCGAUGGCUGGACUGAGGUUGGAAGGACAGAAGGUUCAAAUCGGAGCUUCUACUUGGAUGACGAGAGAAUCAGUCGCCUCGUCAACAAGCCCUACUACAAUGGAGUAAGUGGGGCUUCAAAUGGAAUGGCCCUUUAA